GGCAGCAUCCAGUGUCAUCGCGGACCUCGGGACGCACGCUUCGUUCGUUCCUCUCGCGAGGGGAGAAAACGCUUUUUUCUUUCCUUUCCCCCGCGCGUCACAUCCCCUUCGAUAUUCGAUUCUACCGGCGGGGUAGAAUACGACGACGCGUGUCCCAAGGCCAAUGUUUCCCAAACUCGACCACCGACGCACCGAUACACCGUUGCAUCGAGUACUUGACGAUCGUGAUCGACGGGGCUACGACCAUGCAUCUCCUCUUCCGGAUGAAACUUUGCUAUAGUUAGUUUUUCUUUUUUCCCUCCUCCCCUCCCCUUCUUUCUUUCCUUCUCUCUUUCUUUCUUUCUUUCUUUCUUUCUCCUCCCCCUUCCUCUCCUCUUUCUUUCUUUCUUCUUUCUCUCUUUUCGUUUGUUUCGAAUUCGAAUCCGAGCGAGCGGACGAAUGGGCAAGACGAGAUGAGAUAAGAUGAGAUAAGAUAACGCGCGACGAUGUUGUUGACGAGACGUUGCCGGUGAAGGGGACGGGGAGAAAAGAUUGAAAUUCAUCGAUCGAGGGAUCGAUGGAAGUAGUGCGCGAAAACGGGAGAGGAACUCGAGAAAAGAAGAAAAACGGAGGUGUCAUCGACGAUAAUAGUAAUAAUUCGAAGGAGUGACUGAGGAUAAAGCGAGAGAAAGAGAGAGAGAAAGAGAGAGAGAGGAAGGGAGCAUUUUCCAUCCUUUUCGAUGAUAGAAGGAGAUAGCGGCACGUGUUCGCGGCGCACUUUGGCCAGGACUUGAAUACACACGCCCUGGGAGAAUUUCUCGAAAGGCGAUGUUGUGAAAAGUGUGCAAACAAACCGUGCGCCACGCUUGGAAUAUAUAUAUAUAUAUAUAUAUACACACACAUGCAUACGCACGUACGUAUAUAUCGUUCGUGAAAGUCGGAAGUCGAAGGAUUACCAUCGCUGUGACCCUCUGGUAAGCUUCAUGUUUACUUCUCCUAGCCCCUUUUCCCUCCCCUCUCCUUUCGAAACGAAUUUUCCGAGGCCGGUACCGCUCUAUAAUUUCCCGUCGGCGGUGCGCGGCGACGGUUUAGCCGGCUAUAAAUUUGCCCGCGGCCCCAUACCUUAUAUUACGAAUUCCAUUCCCCCCGACAAUACAAUGCGGCUCGAGAACUCGCGUGGCAAAAUGGACGAGGUAAACGGCUGACGAUCGACUCGACUGUGGUUAUCGCAGUUGCGGACAGGGAGGCAAAAAAACUCAUCGUUUCGGUCGCGCGCAUUUUAUUUCCAUCUCGAGUCGACGUUGCCAAUGCGACGAAGUUGCCAAUUCGUCGGUGGGUGGAAAGAGAAGAGCAGAGAGAGAGAAAGAGAGAGAAUUAUAUAUAUAUAUACGAAGCGUCACAAUCAUCGUGCCACUUGUUCGUCGAAUCGCUCGAAUACCCCGCGCGCUCCUCCAUCCAUUGUACACCCGUGAAAAUAGCGUUGCGUUCUCUGCGGAUACAAACACACAAGUACCCAGCUCGCGUUUUUUAUGCUUCGAACUCGUAAACGCUCGCCUCUCGUUUUUCUUCUCCCUUUCUCCCUCUCCUCCCCUUCCAUUCGUCGAUCCUUACAUCGCCGCCACCGGGAUUAAAACUAAUUUCUCCCUUGUUCGCCCCGAACUAGGAGUCAAAGUCCAAGGUUCCCUUUCCCCCUUGCAAACUUUGGAAAGCGUCGGGGUAUAAAAAUAUUAAUAAAGCAAAGUUUGCCGAAUAUAAUACGCCGUUCGCACUACGUGGCGAGAGUAUCGCGGAGUAUGCCGGAACGGGAGUGGAAAAUUGCGAGAGGGGGAAGAAGUUUAACUUUUAAAAGGGAGAGGUAGGGGGGGAAUGGCUUUACUGGUGGCAAACUUGGGGAAUGGAGUGCGCUUGAUGAACGAAAGUACAAGUAACUGCCUAUUCCAAACUUGCGAAAUAUGCCGUGUUUCCGGCUCGCCUCGUGGAGAGACCUGCCCAACAAGCUCGGAAGAAAAAGCUGGGAGCGGAUCGAGCGUGUACGUGCACUCGAGCGAAUUGAAUCCUCUCCUUUAUUAAUUUACAAGAAUCGGCAACGUGCGUGUCGGAUCCUCUGCCCUGCAAUACCGGGACUCUGCCGUUUUCCCAAUUAUCUCCGUGGAAUCGGUUUCCCAAAACACACGUUUCUAACAGGGUUUCGCAUAGGGGGAGAAGGAGGGGGGACUCGUCGUUCUUUCGUCGAUUCUUUCAAACGUUUCUUUCGAUUUCCUUUCCCUCGGCUUUCGCGAGGAAAUUUUCUCGGGAAAUUGAACACACUUUUUAUCGGGGAACGAAGCGAAUCGGUUCCAGAAAGAAUCGGUUCCUCCCCCCCUUUCGCUUCGAAUUUUCCAAACGCGAUCCAAGAUAAACUCGUUAAACUCUCUAAAACCGAUACGUUCCUUUUCCCCCCGGUUUUCCGGGAAAAUUAGGUUUGUCUUAAAAAUCGUUGAAAGUGCUGAUCUUUCGUCGGACGAUUGUCGCUUUUGAAAAACCCCUUUUUCUUCUCCCCUGAUGGCCGUUUAAACAGCCACGAUUGUCGGGGAAAAGAUUCCCGCUCUUCAUCGUUCGAAUGAAAAAGAGGAGAGAGAGGAAAAAAAAAAAAGAUCUACGAAUCUACCGUUUUCGAAACCGAAUUUCGAAAUCGAAUUUCGUUCGACAGGGACGACGCGAAAGAAGGAAAGAAGAAAAAAAAGAGAGAAAAAGGAGAAAGAGAAUUGGCGAAGCGUUUCUACCGAGAAACUUUAAACCGGAAUCGUAACACGAAUCAAGUGGACAAUAAAGUCUCUCUAUUUCGUCGAACGUGCAUUUUCAGCGGGACGGAAUCCCCGGGUCACGUAUUUGGUGUAGGAUAGUUGUAGCUCUGGCAACUGGAGGGAAGUAACUUCGCGUGUCCUGUGUGGAACACAUCGGAAAGACAACUUCCCGUAUCCCGUUCGUGGCCUUUUCUCCCUCCUCUCUCUCUCUCUCUCUCUCAUCCCCCGUGAGAAAGGGUGGACCGGAGUAAAAAGUACUUACAAAGUGUCGUGAAGGAACGUGUCCCGUGCAACGAGAAUGGUAGGAAGGGGCCGGUUAGGAGGCCGAUAAUGCCGAUCACGGAAAUCGAAUUCGACUCUCGUCCCACCGUGUUUCGCGAACAAGUGGCAACACCGUCCACCGACCCGCUUUUCGCCUCGUAAAUCAUAAUCCCCCUCCCCGCUGUUCCGGCUAUCUUUGAACGAUUUACGAUCUAUUUGCCCUCCCCCCAAUAUGUUUACGCAGCUUUAAAUCUCGAUGAAAUCGCGUCCCCGUCUCGAAGCUUACCCUCUCUCGAGCAAAAGAGAAGAGUCAAGUUCAAGCUCGUCGUAUUGCAUUCAAUGGGAAGAUAUUGUAAAAAUGGUUGAGAAAUGAUAACAAGGGGGAGGGGGAAUCAGGUUUCGUUUAUUGGCAAUUAGCUCGGAUUGGGGGUAUCGUGAAGGGGGCCGAGUGGACAAUCCUCGAAAGGAUGUCGUCCAUUCCGUAUUGACGGAACAAAUACGAAAAUGGUCAGCGUUGAGUCGGAUAAUGAUCGGGAAGGAAGUCGUCUAACAAAGACGGAUCUUCGACCGAGUCUUCGAAGCUAGCCGACCGAACGUAAUUCAAUUCCUCUCUGUCUCUCUCUCGUCUUACCUUCCUCCCCUCCUCCUUACCUUCCAACGAUGACAAAUUUCGCGACAGACGCUUAAGUUUUAAUCGAUCCGUUAUUGGUCGGCAAGGAUCCGCCCACUUCGUAAAAAGCGCGAAAACUCGCGUGGAAGGGAUAGGAUCCAGUUGUAAUAACGUGUGUUCGCGAUAAUGCGUUUUGUUGGUGGACAAAGGAGGGGGGAAAAAGUUUGGAACGGAGUGGAAGACGUUGUUGAGCGUUGAGUUAGGAUGGUUCGAGGGUGAAAUUGAAUCAAGAGACGUUCAUCAGUAUGCUGUGGAUAUUGAUCGCUGUGACGUGCAUCGAGCUAUCGACCAUUGCCAACGCACAGUCGAGAAAAACUAGCGCCACGUCGUCCAUGCGAGAGGAUGCGAACAACAACACCGAGCCGGAUCAUCCGAUACCCAUGGAGUCGAUACAGGGAGUGGCAGGACAGAGGGCAACUUUGCCCUGCAAUAUACAACCCCGUGAACCGAACGAUGCCGUCUCCAUGGUGCUCUGGUUCAAAGAGGACAGCGGCGAACCUCUCUACAGCUACGACGCGAGGAAUCGACAGUUCGGCAAGGCGAAGCUGUGGAGCGCCUCCCACUUUUGGGGGGACAGGGCCACGUUCAAAGCUAGUCAACCCGCCCAGCUGACGAUUCGAGACCUGCGGGAAAGCGACCAGGGUGUUUACAGAUGCAGAGUCGAUUUUCGCAACUCGCCGACCAGAAACCUCAAGGUCAACUUCACCGUCAUCGUGCCGCCGGCCAAGCCGAUCAUCUACGACGCGAAGAGGAGGGAUAUGAGCAAACUUCUCGAAGCCUACCCAGAAGGAGCGGAUCUGUUCCUCGUGUGCGAGGUUCACGGAGGUAAACCUAAGCCCCGGGUCACGUGGCUGCUGGAGUCGCAGACAAUCGAUGCUCCGUCGGAGAUACGGGAGAGCCAAGGGCCGGGAGGUGAGGCCAACGUCGUGACCAUAAGCAACGUGACGCUGAAGGGUCUCACGAGGAGUCACUACCACGCCAAAUUGUUGUGCAAGGCGAACAAUACUCAUUUAGCACCGCCCCCCACCACUGCCGUCGUCAUCGAGCUUCACAUGAAACCAUUGAAAGUUGAAAUCACGGGAAGGGACAAGAUUCUCUCGGCGGGGAAGAAAUACGAAACUAGAUGUCAGAGCACGGGAUCGAAGCCGCCGGCCGUUCUAACCUGGUGGAAGGCCUCCAAGCAGCUCAAGAGGACGAUCAGAAACUUUCAGGAAGACGGAACAAGCGUGAGCGUGUUGCAAUGGACACCGUCGAUCGAAGACGAGGGGAAAUUUCUGGUGUGCAGAGCGACCAAUCCGAAGCUGCAGGACACGGGUAUCGAGGAACGAUGGAAGCUGAAAGUGCAUUUUGUUCCUGUCGUCACUCUGAAAAUGGGCACAUCGUUGAAUCCAAAGAACAUCAAGGAAGGGGACGACGUUUACUUCGAGUGCAACGUUAGGGCGAAUCCUAGGGCUUACAGAUUGACAUGGUUUCACGAGGAGGAAGAGCUCCAUUACAACGUGACCGCAGGCAUAGUGCUCUCGGACCACUCUCUGGUGCUUCAAAGUAUAACUCGAGAAUCUGCUGGAAGAUACAGUUGCACGGCCGUCAAUGUCGAGGGCCGCGCCAGUUCCAACGUAGUGGACCUCGAGGUUAUGUUCGCUCCUGUUUGCAAGCACGUGUUAAAUUCGGCCGGAUGGAGGUAUCAAAACGCGACGCCGCCACCAUUGAACGUACCCGAGGAGGUUCACGGCGCGUUGAAGCACGAAACGAUCGGCCUGGUUUGCGAGGUGGAGGCGAACCCGGCCACGGUCACCUUCCAUUGGACGUUCAACAGCAGCGGUGACCUUGCCGGUGACAUUCCGUCCGCCAGGUAUUCCAACGAAGGCACCUCGAGCAGGCUCAAUUACACUCCCUCGUCCGACCAGGAUUACGGGACGCUGGCUUGUUGGGCGAGUAACGCGGUUGGCCCCUCGAAACAGCCUUGCCUCUACCAAGUGAUCGCAGCAGGCAGACCGUACCCAUUGCAGAAUUGCACGGCGUACAAUCAGACCGGCUCCUGGAUUCGAAUAUCAUGCGUGGAGGGAUACGACGGUGGACUGCCGCAAAAAUUCGUCGCGAUCGUAGACAAGCAACGGUUGGAAUCAUCGAACCCGUACUGGGAGUUGGAGCUUCGAAAACCGGCAACUGUCGCCCUCUACGCGGUAAACAUGAAGGGAUCCAGCGAUCCGGUUAUUAUGGAAGGGGAAGCGUUAAAAGGAGUAGCCAAGUUCACCGGGGAAUCGGGAUCCUCGGUGGACAUGUCACCGAUCCUGAUCGGGCUGGGCGGAACCGCGACUGGAUUAGGCUUGAUCGUGACAGGUGUAUUGAUGGCACUUUGGAGGAAACACGCGGCAACACCGGCGAAAGCGAAAUCGCCCCCCCAACAGCCGAGCAUCGCGACAUUCGCCGGCAAGGGCGAAGAGGAAGACGGGAAUCCUGACCUCAUACCCACCACGGCCUUGACCAAUCACCUCACAGGAAGCUUUUACAUUACGGUUCCCUGCCACGAAGGCCGCGUCAACUCGAAGGGCGGGAAAUGGCUCAUAAUGUCGUAGAAGACUCGGAUUAUCCUCGAGCAUCGCCAAACGUGAGAAUUACAUCUUUCGUUUGUCUUCGAUUCGAAGAACGGAUUUCCUCUCAAGGGGACGAAUAAUUUUGUUUGCAGACAUUUUAUAGCCUGCAGAGGCCGCAUCGAUAUUCGGAAACGGUAAUCCGAAGUUCCGUGAUUCAGGAGAGCUGCAUUUAAGAAAUCGAGAAAGGGGGAGGGGAGAGCGAUGUUGAGGAAGAGGAAGUCGAGGAUUUAUACGCACAUCCCCACAGAGAGUUGUGUUUCACCAAAGCAACACGUGAAAAUCAAAAAGACUUAAAGCCAAGCUUAUGCAAUAUUGUACACGUUCAAGCGUACGAAGAUAUUUAGCAAGUCGAUAACAAUAUGCCUUUGUAAAUAUUGUAUAUAAAUAAAACACAUCGAUUCGUGUUUAUGCGUUUGUA